CCGAGCCUAACGGUUCAUUUCUGGAACAGUUAGAGGUCAAAACACAUCUUCCUCACCCAAUACUAUACUUCGGGUUUCUUUUCCGCUCGUUUAGAUGCGCCACGAACGGUAUAAAUUCAUGAAGGUCAUGGAGGAUUUCCGGAGGGGGAACGGCCCUAGCUCUUGGAAAGUGUUGUGGACCGCCAAAUAAGAUGGGAUUUCCUGGUUGCCUCUUACCUACCGGGGCUGCGUUGGAUUUUUAUACUUCCUGUUCGCUACUCGACUGACCAUGGUGUGGUGGCAUGUAAUCGUCUCCUUCAGUGUCGCAGGUGCGGCCUACCUGCUUUGGCUGGCUCUACAGCGGCUAUGGCUUUCACCCAUUGCUCACUUCCCGGGACCCAAACUGGCCGCCCUUACCAUGUGGUAUGAAUUCUACUACGAUUCAUUCCUAGAAGGUCAAUACACUUUUCGGAUCGCCGAGAUGCAUCGCAAAUAUGGCCCGAUCGUGCGAAUCAGCCCGUACGAGCUACACAUCGACGAUGCUGAAUAUUAUGAAGCGCUGUACUCUCGAGAUGCCCCGCGAGAUAAGUCUUUACAUCUGCCUGGGAUGUUUGGAGCACCGGCUUCCGCAUUUGGUACAGUCGACUACCGGCGCCAUCGGAUACGGCGUCAACCGAUGAAUCCUUUCUUCUCCCAACAGCGAAUCCGACAACUCGAGCCAAUGCUCCGGGGCAUGGUCGACAAACUGUGCCAUGGAUUGCGCGCCUGGAAGGAUAGACAGGCUCCACUACAUAUGUAUCAUCCGUUUAAUGCGUUUACUACAGACGUAGUCGUGGAAUAUACCAUGGGAGACUCCUUUCACUAUCUUGAUGACCCUGACUUCAGCCCGCAAUGGUCCAAAACAAUGCAGGCCAUUGUGCAUGCCGGCAUCCAAUUCAAGCAAUUCCGCUGGUUCAUUAGUCUCUUUGAGCUACUCCCACGAUGGCUCGUCAUGAGCAUUAAUCCCGACAUCGGGCCAGUCAUCGACCAGAAAAAUGAAAGUAUGCGCCUGGCUAACCUGGUCAUUGAUAGCCAACGCUCGGACAGCAUUUCCACUGGUAGCAGAACAACUGUACCCAAAGGCACCUUAUUUCAUGCUCUUCUAGAAAGUACGCUCCCACCUGAAGAAAAGACAGCUGAUCGCUUAAGCCAAGAGGUUUUCACCGUCAUUGCAGCUGGCGGAGAAACGACUGCCAGAAAUUUAGCCACAAUCACUUUCUACCUCCUAAAUAAUCCCGAAAAGCUUGAGAAACUACGCGAGGAGCUGAAUCGGCUGGAUCCCGAUGGGACGGCGUCCUUGGUGGAAUAUGAGGCAAUGCCCUACCUGACUUCCGUUAUGUUGGAGGGUCUAAGAAUCACCAACGCUGUUGCAACGCGACUUCAACGCAGCUCACCAGAUCAGCCCAUGAGGUACAAAGACUGGAUCAUUCCUCCUGGGGUGCCGGUUGGCAUGACGAGUUUGUUCGUACAUCAUAACGAAGACAUCUUUCCCGAUUCGCACAGUUUUAUCCCAGAACGAUGGAUGGAUCCAAUGCAAAGGAAACACCUCGAAAAGUACCUUGUCGCCUUCAGCAAAGGGUCAAGGCAGUGCAUCGGCAUCCCUCUCGCAAAGGCUGAAAUACUUCUGGUAGUCGCCAGAAUUUUCAGAGAAUUCGAUCUGGAGCUGUACAAAACCACAAUAGAUGAUGUCCGCAUUGUGCGUGAUAUGUUCAAUGGCCAUCCGAGAAAAGAAAGCCAAGGCGUCCGCGUCGUGGUGAAAGAGUGGAAUGGACCCCUGGGAUCUGAUAUCUCUCGAGAACAAUAAUCACUGCCAAGAAGUGCUCGAUGCUGUGCAAAUCGGGGCUUCAGAUGGGGAAUAUCUCGCCGGCGAUAUAUAGUAUGAAGGAUGCAUGAGCUGUGGGACAUUGUCGUCAUACUUCGA